AUGGAUGAAAUUAUAAAUUUUGGUGCACUUGACAGUGAUAACGACGACGACAUGGACGAAGCCCUAAUUUUUCAUAUCCUCAAUGAGAAUAAAAAUUUAGGAAAUCUGAGAGAAUUGUACGGCGCUUUUGAUUUAAAUAGUUUGUCCGAAACUGAGUGUAGAAAGCUUUUCAGAUUUGAAAAAAAUCAUUUAAGAAGACUUUCUACAGCUCUUAAUUUACCAGAGCUGAUUACCACUGAGGAACGGAUAACAGUGCCAGAAUUUUGUUUAUAG